AUGGGUGGCUCGGCUUUUACUGCGGAUGGACUCUCGACGCCACGGAUGCCUCCAACAGUCUACCAUGCAGUCCUCGCUCAAGCCGAGGAGAUCCUCAAGAAGCAUUUCAAACUCGUCGGCCAUCCUAUCGAAGGUCCCGCGAAGGUGUCGCAUGGAGAUAUCGACAUCCUGGUUGCUGAACCUGUCGACAGGCAGUUGGUACUCGGACGUGCAACGGGAGAUCUGCUGGCCCGCCUCCUCGGAGCGAAGACUUGGAAGAAGAUGGGUGGAAAUUCUACGUACAACCUUGCGCUGCCAUGGCCGGAUGAAUUCAAAGACCAUGUGGUAGAAGGAGAAUGCAAACAUGAUGUGCGUCAUCAGCAGCACUCGGUCGACGAUAUGCAGAGCCAUGAUCCCACGCCAGAACCGACGCCAGGCAGCGAGAAUAAUACGCUGGGUACUGCCAAAGACACAACUGAUCGUAGCGUGGCUGCAGACGCUUCAACAACCUCAGUGGAAUCCCCGGAGUCUUCGAUUUAUCUCAGCACGCUCAGAUUGCCUCGCAAGGCCACCCCAGAGAAGUACAUUCAAGUCGAUAUCAAUAUCAUGCCCACAGCAGCUUAUUUUGACUGGCACAUGUUCCUUGAAGCGCAUGGCGACUUGUGGAGCAUUCUCGGAGGCAUCCUCCGGCGCUUCGGUCUUACAGUCGCCUCAAAAGGCCUGUGCGUGCGGAUAGCAGAGGUGGAGAAGCAAAACAAAGAGCAGGCAAGGGUGCUGGCCACAAAUGACCCGAACACAGUGCUGGAGUAUUUGGGUCUGGACAAGGGACGAUACUGGCAGCCGUUCGACAGCUGGGACAAGAUGCUGGAGUACGUGGCCAGGUGCAGAUUCCACAAUCCCGCCCAGUGGAAGACCCGCAGUCAGUAUGAAGACAUCGAGGAGACCCAAGGAGAGCAAGCGAAUGGCACGGAAAGCAAAGCACCCAUCCCGCUGUUGAAGGCCAACGACCGCCAGCGCGCUGCCAAAAGACCUCUCUUCGGAUACUGGAUCGAGACCUACCUCCCCGCGCAUGUCGAUGAUGCCCCAGGCAAAUCUGCUUUUCUGACGCGAGAAGAGGUCGUCGACGAUGCAAAGCAGUUCUUCGGCUCUGAGUUCGCAGACAAGUUCGAAGCGAGGAAGAGCAAAAUGAUCCGAGUGAUGGGGACCGAUAGACUGUGGGCUGAUAUCAGGAAGGAGCUGCCAAUCGAAGGCACGGAGGUCGGGUGGGUAAUGAAAGGUAUGAAGAGGGAGAUUGUGGGCAAGCAUGGCGACUCACCCUCAGGAGGAGCCUUGGAAGGACUGGAAGAUGUGAGACAGGCGUUCGAGAAUUGCAGAUUUGACGAUGUCUUGGAAUGGGCCAGGGUCCACUGGAGGGAAGUCGGUCAAAGGCAGAAGGAACUGGGCCAGGAGCAAAGCAGGACACAUCUUCGGACAAACUCAAAAGGGACGGGGGUGCUCAGGGGAGAGCCGCCGUCGAAGUAG